AUGGCCACGUCGCGCGGAUGGCACCUUUGGCGCGAUGACGAGGAAAUGGCCAAAAAGGACGACGACCUCUCGUCAUCCAAGCAUCCCAAGCAUGCCACAGGUGCGCAAUGGCAAUCCGCACGAAUGCCACGCCGCGCGUGGAUGAAGCGCCUGGUCGCAUAUGUCCUUGUCAUCGUCGCCCUCGUAUAUCUCUUCAACCGAUCCGGUUCUUCAGACCUGUAUCCCUCGUCCAGGAGCAAGGGCAGGGGUUUCCCCAACACCGUUGAGGAAGCAUACAACCAGCGCUUCGAUCCUGGCAGGAGAACACACGUCGACCAUGAACCCAAGGAACCAUCGCAUCCGCAUCAACCGCCGCAGGCAAAACCCGACGAGCAAGUGACGGUCGAAGCACCUCCAAAAGCGACUUCAGACGACGAUAGCAAGGAUGGCGACAAGGCUGAUGCUGGUCAGAUCAAAGCCCCUCCUAGAUACGACGGCCCAAUUAGGUAUCCAGCGCUGGCAUCAACUCUUCGAGCUAUUACAUCGACCGGUGGAACUUCGCUGAGGAAUCGCAAUGUUUUGUUUGCCGCCGCCAGUCUCAGAAGCUCUUCCACCUUGCUGCCCAUGGCCUGCGAAAUGGCCCUGGAGCGUGAGAGCUACGUUCACUUUAUAUUUCUGGGCAUGGCAGAUAUUGCGAUACAGGACUUGCUCGAGAUCAAUGGCAUUGACAAGACGUGCCCACUCAUCGCACACGACGGUCGCCCUGACCACUUUGAAACGUCGACGGAGAAGCGCAUGUCCUUGGCUGUUGCGAAAGCAAUGUAUUUUGUGAAUACCUACAUGCACCCUCAAGCCAUAGUCAUAGAUUCAACAGCCGCAGAGGAAGACUACUUUCUCGGAGCAACCCGAGAGCAUGCUUCCUCCUCUCAGUCUGCUCUCAUCGAGCUGCCUGAUCGUCCUAGAACCAGCCUUGCUUGGAUGUCCAAGCUGGAUUCUGCAGCUCUGUCUGCUUGGAACAAGGUUCGAUUUGACAUUCUGAUUCAUGCAACACCAACGGGAACGGGAAAUCUCAAAAGGCUGCUGAGAUCCAUCUCAAGGGCCGACCUGGCAGGCAUUCAGACCCCUCAUAUCACCAUUGAGCUUCCAUAUGUCAUGGAGCGUCCUUUGGAGGAAUAUCUCUCAAGUUUCAAGUGGCCGCGCCCGACACCACACGACGGACAGCAACCGCAAAUGAUUUCCCUCCGACGUCGAAUUACGCGACAGCUAAUGGAGGAAGACGACAGCUCGGUGCGCUUCGUCGAGUCGUUUUGGCCGACCGACCCAUCAAGCUCCCAUGUAUUGGUCUUAUCUCCUCAUACAGAAAUAACGCCUCAGUUCUUCCAAUAUGUGAAAUACUCGCUCCUGUACCAACUUCACUCCAAAGCCGCACUAAUGGAAGACUACGACGCAAGUCUCCUGGGCAUAAGUCUGUCCGUGCCGACAACAUCCAUAGAUGGAACCAAAUCAUUCACCCCUCCCAAACCUCCUCGCGGUGACAAGGAAUCAUCGGGAGACACUGCCUUCUUAUGGCAACGACCUAGCAGCGACGCCAUGGUGUUCUUCGGCCAAAAGUGGAUAGAACUACACCACUUUAUCGCGCAGUCUCUCUACAAGAAGCGAUCCACGUCGUCGACACCCGCGCUGCUAGCAAAGAAGCAGGUCAGCAAGCAGUAUCCCGCGUGGCUGGAAUACGCCCUGCAGCUCUGCCGCAUAAGAGGGUACUUUACACUGUAUCCGAGCCGAGAAACCGCCAAGGUCAUCGUCGGCGUGCACAGCGAUAUCCGCGACACACCUGAAGAACACCAAAAGGACGCGCCGGGAUCAACGUCGCCCAAAGACUUUUCCGAUGAGGGCAACGAGCACUUUGAUCCAAUAUCCCCGGUCGAUAUGCUGGAGACGCUGCCGCACAAUGGUGAAUUGCAAUUACCCCGUGAUAUACCCUUGUUAUCGUGGGAUGGAAAGGCCGAGACGGAAGAGAACUUUGCCAAGGAUGCAAGCGAGUACGCUACCUUGUUCCGGAGGGAGGUUGGUGAGUGCGGUGAGGAAUAUCUGAAGAGUCGUCCUGUUGCGAAAAGAUCGGCUCUGGACCUAUUUUGUACGACUGGCAAGGCGUAA